CUUCUAUCCACAAACGCAGAGUCUCUCUCUCAAAUGGGAUUCUUUCAAUGGCGAAUUCUCUCUUGAUCCUUCUCCGAUCACCAAUCACCAAUCACCAAUCACCGGCCUCCACAUCCUCCUCGUCUUUCUUCACUCUCUCUUAUAACCUCCAAAACCCCAAACGGAUCUUGCCAUCUCUCUCUCUCUCUCUCAUGGCGUCGGUGUUUCUGUAUCACGUGGUGGGAGAUCUGACGGUGGGGAAGCCGGAGAUGGUCGAGUUCUACGAGACCGAGACCGUUGAGUCCGCGAUUCGCGCCAUCGGAGAGUCGACGGAGUGUGGGAUUCCCGUCUGGAGGAAGAGAUCAUCGGCAGCUCUUCCUCCGGGGUUGGUGGAGAACAGCGAGAUGAGGCAGCAGAGGUUCGUGGGGAUACUGAGUUCUCUCGAUAUAGUUGCCUUCUUAGCGAAGAGCGAGUGUCUCCAAGAAGACAAGGCUAUGAAGAUCCCUGUCUCUCAAGUCAUCACACCUAACAACACUCUCCUCAAACAAGUUGAUCCUGGCACCAGGUUGAUAGAUGCGUUGGAGAUGAUGAAACAAGGAGUGAGACGGCUUCUAGUUCCGAAAAGCGUUGUAUGGAGAGGUAUGAGCAAGAGAUUCUCCAUUCUCUACAACGGAAAAUGGCUGAAGAACAGCGAAAACUCCAGCAGCAGCAGCGGCAUCUCCGCCGACUCCAACAGGCCCGCUACUUCCAAGGCUUCGAGCCGUGACAAGUUUUGCUGUCUCUCAAGGGAAGACGUGAUCCGCUUCCUUAUAGGUGUCCUCGGAGCAUUAGCUCCUUUACCACUCACAUCAAUCUCUUCUCUCGGAAUCAUUAAUGUAAACUACAACUUCAUUGAAGCCUUUUUGCCAGCCAUUGAAGCCACCAAAAGGCCACCGUGUGAUCCUAGCGCCAUCGCCGUAUUGGAACAAAGCGAGAACAACGAGAAACAGUUCAAGAUAAUAGGAGAAAUCUCAGCUUCAAAGCUCUGGAAAUGUGAUUAUCUAGCUGCAGCUUGGGCUCUAGCUAAUCUAUACGCAGGACAGUUUGUGAUGGGAGUUGAGGACAACAUGUCGUCAAGAUCAUUCAGCGACUUCCUCCAAACUUCAUUUGUCGGAGGAGGAGGAGGAGGAGACCAGAACGGAACAGCUGCGACAAAGGCCAAGAAGUUCAGCAGCAGGAGCAUCGGUUUUAAUCCGACAAGCCCGACGAGAUUGAGCAUCGGUAGGAGCAUGUACAGGGGAAGAAGUGCGCCGUUAACUUGCAAAACAUCUAGCUCGUUGGCUGCGGUUAUGGCUCAGAUGCUGUCUCAUAGAGCCACACAUGUUUGGGUUACAGAGGCUGAUUCUGAUGAUGAUGAUAUUCUUGUUGGAGUAGUGGGCUAUGGAGAGAUCUUAGCUGCUGUUACUAAACAGCCUUCUGCCUUUGUUCCUUCGAAUCGUUCUUACGAAGGAGGUUUUGGUAAUGAACAUCAAAGCUAAGACUACUACACAAAUCAAAAGGGACUCAGUUUUGGGUGUGUUUGUCAAAUUUGUGUACUAUUAAAUUUAGCAUCAGAGCUCAAAUAAGCAAAAAUAAACGAGCUCUAAUUUUUCUUUCUCAUUCAUUACUUAUGUGAACUGUUGUUGGUGUUUUAGUGUUUACAGCAUAUGUAUAAUAAACAGUUUUGUCUUAUUAUUUCUUAGAGAUAUAUUUGUAUUACAGAUAAUAAAACAGGUUGGCUAUUAGAGUUAAAGAAAGCGAUC